AUGGAGGAAAUCAAGCUUGAGGAGGGCGCAAACGACGCGCAGGUGAAGCAGGAGGCCAACACUCCCAUGAGCGUCACGAAUGGUGACCACGAAAGCUCUCGAUCGCCGACCGCCUCUCAGGACGGCGUCAAGUCGCGCAGCGAAAGCGCAGAUACCCCGAGUUCAAACAGACCCUCAAAGCUCUCCCGAAAGGCUUCCCAAAAAUUAGCCGCCAGUCGCGAACCCGUGCUUUUCGACCACCUCCCCGAUAUGACCACAGAGUCAUGCAAAUUCUUCCAACGCAUCCCCGACUGCCUCUACGGCUCAAAGCACCUUGGAUCUACAGAUAACGACGCCUUGGACUGCGAGUGUCGGGAAGAAUGGCACGAUGGCAAGAACCUUGCUUGUGGCGAAGAUUCAGAUUGCAUCAACCGGGCGACAAAAAUGGAGUGUAGCGCCGAGGCAGGAAACUGCGCAGGAGGCUGCCAGAACCAGCGAUUUCAGCGCAAGCAGUACGCCAAUGUGUCAGUCAUCAAAACCGAAAAGAAGGGUUUUGGCCUACGCGCCGAUUCGGAUCUACAACCCAAUGACUUUGUUUUUGAAUACAUUGGUGAGGUCAUUAACGAACCUACAUUUCGACGCCGCAUGAUUCAGUACGAUGAAGAGGGGAUCAAGCACUUCUACUUCAUGUCCCUGAACAAGAGCGAAUUUGUGGACGCAACGAAAAAGGGCAACUAUGGUCGCUUUUGCAAUCACUCGUGCAACCCUAAUUGUUAUGUUGACAAAUGGGUGGUUGGCGACAAACUUCGGAUGGGCAUAUUUGCCUCGCGCAAGAUCCAAUCCGGAGAGGAGUUGGUGUUCAAUUACAAUGUUGACCGAUAUGGUGCCGACCCUCAACCCUGCUACUGCGGGGAACCCAAUUGUGUGGGUUUCAUUGGAGGCAAGACACAAACUGAGCGAGCAACCAAGCUGCCUGCAGCCACAGUUGAGGCGCUGGGUAUCGACGGAGGCGAUGGCUGGGAUACUUCGGUUGCCAAGAAACCCCGGAAGAAGAAGCCUGACGAGGACGAUGAGGAAUAUGUCAACAGUAUACGACCACGCAGUCUCAACGAGGAUGAUGCGAGAAAGGUCAUGGCCGCGCUUAUGCAGUGCAAGGAGAAAUGGAUUGCAGUCAAGCUUCUGGAACGUAUCCUGCGGUGCGACGAAGAACGCGUCAUUCACUGCGUUAUGCGGAUGCAUGCUUAUCAAAUUCUGAAAACGACCCUCAAUACUUUUAUCGACGACCACAACGUUGUCCUUCAGGUGUUGGAUAUUCUUGACAAGUUCCCUCGAUUAACGAGGAACAAGGUGCAGGACUCCAAGAUUGAGACGACAAUCGAAGGGUUGACGCAAUCCGAGCACGAAGACGUGGCAUCAAAAUCCAAGCAUCUGCUCGACGAAUGGAGCAAACUUGAGGUAGCUUACCGAAUCCGGCGGCGCAAGUUUGACCCAAACGCGCCGGCUGCAAACUCUUUCGAGGAACGUCGUGGAGCAGGUCGAGAAGAAGAGACGGCACCAUCUACUUCCAAGACCGCAUCGCCAACACCCAUUGACGCACCCAAGGGUCCUCGGAACAGCAUGCCUCAAAGGAAUAAUGCCUUCUUCCAGAAUGGUGGACGCCCUCGCAGACCUCCAUUCAACGCUUCACUUCCUCAGGGGUGGUUUACCGCAAAGGACGCUGCAGGCAACACUUACUUCUAUACCAAGCAGGGUGCUACCACCUGGCAGAGGCCUACACAGCCCGCAACAGACCCAGCUGCGAAGACACCCUCUAAGGCUAUGAAGGAGCAAUUGGCGAUUCAAAGUAUUAUCAACCAAGUUACUGAGAAAGGGACGCCAAAGCACACUUCUGCGUCAACUCCGAAGGCGGCCGAAACGCCCCCUAAGGAGGUGAAACAGGAGAAAUGGCGGUCUAUACCAGUUGACAAACGGAUGAAGAUUUAUGAGAAUACUCUAUUUCCCCAUAUCAAACACGUCCUCGACAAAUUCCAUCACAAACUUCCUAAGGAGGAGCUGAAACGCUUUGGUAAAGAUAUAGCUAAGAAGCUAGUCGCGUCCGACUUCAAGAACAACAGAGUCGAAGACCCCAGUGCACCACUUGGUGACAAGCAGGUCAAAAAGAUCAAGCAAUAUGUCAAAGACUUUUUGGACCGUGCUGUCAGAAAAUAUGGAGAGCAUAAACGGAAGGCAGAUGAAGGCGCGGAUGCCCAGAUGAAGGAUGACCAGGGACCCAGCACUGCAGGUAGCAGGGCUGGCUCUGCCGUCGAUGUAUCGGAGGGCGCGUCUCUAGCUAAGGUCGACGGCACAUCGGCAGAUGGAAUAGACGUUAUCGUAGGAUCAGACAGGGAGGGCAGCGGUUCUCUGGGAAGCCCUGAUCGUAAGCGAAAGAGGGAUACAGAAGCGGGUGGUUCACCAUCCAUUACUUCAACGGAUGGGCCGAAUAUGAAGAGGCUAAGAGAGGACGAGUUGGAAGCGCCUAGUCCGCCACCUCCUCCGCCACCUCCUCCGCAGUCGUCUAUGGAUGGUGUUGUUACUGCCGAACAGGAAGCUCUUCGUGAGCAGGAAGAGGCACUAAUGAGGGAAAACGAGGAGGCACAGAGGCUUGAGGACGAGGCUCAUCAUACAAAGGACUUGGAGGAUGCCACCAAGAAUGCUGAGAAGGAUAUACUGGGAGCGUCUAACGAGAUAUCUCGGCUUAAUCACCAAGGUCGAGGACCUGGCUCGCAGGAGACGCCGGCGUAA